GCGGAGCGGGGCGCCAUGUCGCGGCGGCGGUGGCGCGGCCCUCAGGGCGCCGAAGGCGGCGGGCGCGGAGCCGACAUGGGGAAGAUGGCGGCGGGCGGCGGCGGCGGCGGCUCGGGCCGAUACUACGGCGGCGGUGGCGGCGGCGAGGGCGGGAGGGCUCCUAAACGCCUGAAAACCGAGAGCGCGGAGCCGCCGCCUCACGGGCCCGGCGGGCCGGGAGGGGCGGGCGGCGGGGCCGGAGCGGGAGGAGCGGAGAAUUAUGAGGACCCCCACAAGACGCCGGCGUCGCCCGUGGUGCACAUCCGCGGCCUCAUCGACGGCAUCGUCGAGGCCGACCUGGUGGAGGCGCUGCAGGAGUUCGGGCCCAUCAGCUACGUGGUGGUGAUGCCCAAGAAGCGGCAGGCGCUGGUGGAGUUCGAGGACAUCCUGGGUGCCUGCAACGCCGUCAACUACGCGGCUGACAACCAGAUCUACUUCGCGGGCCACCCGGCCUUCGUCAACUACUCCACCAGCCAGAAGAUCUCGCGGCCGGGCGACAGCGAUGACGCGCGUGGUGUUAACAACGUGCUGCUCUUCACCAUCCUCAACCCCAUCUACUCCAUCACCACGGACGUGCUCUACACCAUCUGCAACCCCUGCGGGCCCGUGCAGAGAAUCGUCAUCUUCCGCAAGAACGGCGUCCAGGCCAUGGUGGAGUUCGACUCGGUGCAGAGCGCGCAGCGUGCCAAGGCCUCGCUCAACGGCGCCGACAUCUACUCGGGCUGCUGCACCCUCAAGAUCGAGUACGCCAAGCCCAGCCGCCUGAACGUGUUCAAGAACGACCAGGACACCUGGGACUACACCAACCCCAACCUGAGCGGGACAGGAGACCCCGGCGGGAACCCCAACAAGCGGCAGCGGCAGCCGCCCCUCCUGGGGGACCACCCGGCGGAGUACGGCGGCCCCCACGGCGGGUACCACCACGGGCACUACCACGACGAGGGCUACGGGCCGCCCCCCCCCCACUACGAGGGGCGGCGCAUGGGGCCCCCUCCCGUGGGCGGGGGGCACCGCCGGGGGCCCGGGCGCUACGGCCCCCAGUACGGGCACCCCCCCCCCCCGCCGCCGCCGCCCCCCGACUACGGCCCCCACGCCGACUCGCCCGUGCUCAUGGUGUACGGGCUGGACCAGGCCAAGAUGAACUGCGACCGCGUCUUCAACGUCUUCUGCCUCUACGGCAACGUUGAGAAGGUGAAGUUCAUGAAGAGCAAGCCGGGCGCGGCCAUGGUGGAGAUGGCCGACGGCUACGCCGUGGACAGAGCCAUCACCCACCUCAACAACAACUUCAUGUUCGGCCAGAAGCUCAACGUCUGUGUGUCCAAGCAGCACGCCAUCAUGCCGGGGCAGUCGUACGGGCUCGAGGACGGCUCCUGCAGCUACAAGGAUUUCAGCGGCUCCCGCAACAAUCGCUUCUCCACGCCCGAGCAGGCGGCCAAGAACCGCAUCCAGCACCCCAGCAACGUCCUGCACUUCUUCAACGCCCCCCUGGACGUCACCGAGGACAAUUUCUACGAGAUCUGCGAUGAGCUGGGCGUCAAGCGCCCGUCCUCGGUCAAGGUGUUCUCAGGCAAGAGCGAGCGCAGCUCCUCGGGGCUGCUCGAGUGGGACUCCAAGAGCGACGCCCUGGAGACCCUCGGCUUCCUCAACCACUUCCAGAUGAAGAACCCCAACGGGCCGUACCCCUACACGCUCAAGCUCUGCUUCUCCACGGCCCAGCACGCGUCCUAACGGGGCCCCCCCGGACCCCCCCGGAUCCCCUUUUUUUAAGGCUGGGGGGCAGCAGGGACCCCCCCCUCCCCUCUGUUCCCCCCAUUUUUAAGGAAAAGGGGUCGGACCCGACUGGGCCCCCCCCGUGACCCCCCAAUAAAGUUGUUUGGGAAACAAA